GAUCAAGAUCGAAAAGAUGGGUCGAGGAAGAGUUCAGAUGAGGCGCAUUGAGAACCCGGUGCACCGGCAGGUUACCUUCUGCAAGCGGCGAGCUGGCCUCCUUAAGAAGGCUAAGGAGCUCUCCGUGCUCUGCGAUGCUGAAAUUGGUGUUGUCAUUUUCUCCGCUCAUGGAAAGCUCUAUGAACUAGCCACCAAAGGGACCAUGCAAGAGCUGAUUGAGAGGCAUAGCAAGUACACCGGUGGACCUCAGCUGCCUGAUAAACCCAUGGUGGAACCUAUGGUAUGUCAUAUACGUUUCGUAUACAAACAUAUUUCUUUACAAAGUUUACGUAGAAACUAA